AUGGCAAAAGAAGACAUUUCCAGUACUUACGAAGAGGCACGUAAACAAAGGUUACUCGAAAACAAGAAGAGAUUCGAGGAUCUGGGAAUUUUGAGCAUCUCCAAAAGCCUAUCUGACAUCUCAAACACUGAGAAGAAGUCACAGCAACGUAUGAAGAGGCCAAAACCAAAUGGUGUUUACACGCUGGAACCAAGACGCUCAUCUCGCGCACGUAACCCAGUCGCUACAUAUCGUGAUGAUGUAAAUAUUGACAUAGGCCUUUCAAGUACGCGGAAGAGAUCGACGAGGGGUUGGGGUUCUUCAUGGGCAAGUUACCUUGCGAGACCAGUAGAAGAAGUUAGAACUGCCUCAUAUGAAGAACGGACACGUGCGCUGAGAUCUGCAGAGAAGGUCCAAAGGAACUUGAACUCAGACAACCCAUCCUUUGUCAAAUCAAUGCUCAGGUCUCAUGUUUACAGUUGCUUCUGGUUGGGCCUUCCUUCUCGGUUUUGUGAGGAACACUUGCCCAAGUCAACUACGGAUAUGGUACUAGUGAAUGAAGAAGGUGCAGAGUAUGAGGCAGUUUACAUAAGCCAUAGAGUUGGUCUUAGUGGUGGAUGGAGAGCUUUUGCCCUGGAGCAUAAACUGGAUGAUGGUGAUGCUUUGGUUUUUGAAUUGACUGAACCAACAAGAUUCAAGGUUUACAUCGUCAGAGCUUUUGAUUGUUCAACUCCUGAGGACAGUGGUGCUUGUGAUGAUGGAGAAGAAGCAAAGAAGGUGAAAGGCCAAAAAACUGAGGACAGCAAGCCAAAGAAAAAAUUGAGAAAUUCAAUAGGGACCACGACAGAUAAAGAGAACAAGUCGAAGAAAAAUUUAGCGGCGUCAGAGAAAUAUGAACCGAGCAAACCAAAGAAAAAUUCUACGCCAUCUAAAACAGAUGAUCCCUCGGUUGCUUUAGGAAGGAGGAGGAGCAACCGUCUGAAGUGA